UGGCGGUGCUGGCGCGCGGUUCCCCUCGGCCCCUUGCGCCUGAACGUCAGGGCUCGGCCACUUGUUGUCCAGCCUCCUCGGGCUCCGAGAGUCACCUCCUGCGGUCGGCGUUGUGCGACCCGAGGGGCGCCCGGCCCUUCCCUGGACAGCGACAACGAACGGCCUGGCCGGCUCUGGAGACUUGGCGGGGGGUCUUCCCGGUGGGCGAGGACCGUUCCAGCCUGAGGGCAGGAUCCAGCGGGCGUUGGGUCAAAGGAACGCGGCAGAAUUUGGGACCCCAAGACCGCUCUGAUUGCGGGAAGAGAAGCCCCGGUUUCCCCAGCGCGCAUCCCCCGAACGCUGAACCCCGAGGUGGCUGGCCCGCUCGCGCCCCCGUAACCCCAACUUGGGAAGCCCCCGGCCCCCUUUGCGACCCCAAGCGCAGCCGCCGGGCCCGCGGAAGGCCUUCGGGGGACACUUCGGGAAGACGGGCAGGGCAGCUGGCCCGGGGCAGCGAGCGGGGCGCGUGCCAUGGCCCCCCACUGGGCUGUCUGGCUGCUGGCUGUGGGGCUCUGGGGCCUGAGUAUUGGGGCUGAGGUGUGGUGGAACCUCGUGCCCCGGAAGACCGUCUCCUCUGGGGAGCUGGCGACCGUGGUGCGGCGCUUCUCCCAGGCGGGCAUUCAGGACUUUCUCACGCUGACCCUGACCGAGCAGACGGGGCUCCUGUACGUGGGAGCCAGGGAGGCCCUGUUUGCCUUCAGCGUGGAGGCCCUGGAGCUGCAAGGAGCGAUCUCAUGGGAGGCCCCAGCCGAGAAGAAGGCCGAGUGUAUCCAGAAAGGAAAGAGUAACCAGACGGAGUGCUUCAACUUCAUCCGCUUCCUACAGCUCUACAACACCUCCCACCUGUACACCUGUGGCACGUACGCCUUCCAGCCCAAGUGUACCUACAUUGACACACUCACCUUCUCCUUGGAGCGUGGAGAGUUUGAGGACGGGAAGGGGAGGUGUCCCUACGACCCGGCCAAGGGCCACACUGGCCUCCUUGUGGACGGCGAGCUGUACUCGGCCACGCUCAACAACUUCCUGGGCACGGAGCCCGUCAUCCUGCGGAACAUGGGCCCCCACUACGCCAUGAAGACGGAGUACCUGGCCUUCUGGCUCAACGAGCCUCAUUUCGUCGGCUCUGCCUACGUGCCGGAGAGCAUGGGCAGCUUCACGGGCGAUGACGACAAGAUCUACUUCUUCUUCAGCGAGCGAGCCCUGGAGUACGACUGCUACGCGGAGCAGGUGGUGGCCCGAGUGGCCCGUGUCUGCAAGGGCGACAUGGGGGGCGCACGGACGCUGCAGAGGAAGUGGACCACGUUCCUGAAGGCGCGGCUGGUGUGCGCCGCCCCCGGCUGGCAGCUCUUCCUCAACCAGCUGCAGGCUGUGCACACCCUGCAGGACACCUCCUGGCACAACACCACCUUCUUCGGGGUUUUCCGGGCACGGUGGGGCGACAUGGACCUGUCCGCGGUCUGCGAGUACCAGCUGGAAGGGAUCCAGCGGGUGUUCGAGGGCCCCUAUAAGGAGUACCGAGAGCAGGCACAGAAGUGGGGCCGCUACACCGACCCGGUACCCAGCCCGCGGCCUGGUUCGUGCAUCAACAACUGGCACCGGCGCCACGGCUACAGCAGCUCCCUGGAGCUGCCCGACAACACGCUCACCUUCAUCAAGAAGCACCCGCUGAUGGAGGAGCAGGUGGGGCCCCGGUGGGGGCGCCCCCUGCUCGUGAAGAAGGACACCAACUUCACCCACCUGGUGGCCGACCGGGUCACAGGGCUGGAUGGAGCCACCUACACGGUGCUGUUCAUCGGCACAGGAGAUGGCUGGCUGCUCAAGGCCGUGAGCCUGGGACCCUGGGUGCACCUGAUCGAGGAGCUGCAGGUGUUUGAUCAGGAGCCUGUGGAAAGCCUGGUCCUGUCCCGAAGCAAGAAGCUGCUGUUCGCAGGCUCCCGCUCCCAGCUAGCCCAGCUGCCCCUGGCCAACUGUGGGAAGUACCACUUCUGUGCAGACUGCGUCCUCGCCCGGGACCCCUACUGCGCCUGGAGCGUCAACACCAGCCGCUGCGUGGCCCUGGGCGGCCCUGCCGGUGCCCUGCUCCUCCAGCACGUGACCACCACCGACACCUCGGACAUCUGUAACUUCCACGGCAGCCGGAAAGUCAGGCCCACUCCCAAGAACAUCACGGUGGUGGCGGGCACGGACCUGGUGCUGCCCUGCCGCCUCUCGUCCAACCUUGCCCGCGCCCGCUGGACCUUUGGUGGCCAGGACCUGCCCUCGGAGCAGCCCGGCUCCUUCCUCUACGAUGCCCGGCUCCAGGCCCUGGUGGUUAUGGCCGCCCAGCCCCGCCACGCCGGGGCCUAUCACUGCUUUUCUGAGGAGCAGGGGGCCCGGCUGGCGGCCGAAGGCUACCUGGUGGCCGUGGUGGCUGGCUCAUCAGUGACCCUGGAGGCCCGGGCCCCCCUGGAAAACCUGGGCCUGGUGUGGCUGGCGGUCGUGGCCCUGGGGGCCGUGUGCCUGGUGCUGCUGCUGCUGGUUUUGUCUCUGCGCCGGCGGCUGCGGGAGGAGCUGGAGAAAGGCGCCAAGGCAGCCGAGAGGACCCUGGUGUACCCCCUGGAGCUGCCCAAGGAGCCUGCCAGCCCCCCCUUCCGGCCCGGCCCUGAGACAGAUGAGAAACUCUGGGAUCCGGUCGGCUACUACUACGCCGAUGGCUCCCUGAAGAUUGUGCCCGGGCAUGCCCGGUGCCAGCCCGGAGGGGGGCCCCCUUCUCCCCCGCCUGGCAUCCCAGGCCAGCCCCUGCCUUCCCCCACCCGCCUUCACCUGGGGGGCGGGCGGAACUCAAAUGCCAACGGCUACGUGCGCCUGCACCUGGGAGCGGGGGACUGCAGUGCACCCGGGCACUCCGUGCCCGAGCUCGCAGACGAACUGAGACGCAAGCUGCAGCAGCGCCAGCCACUGCCAGACUCCAACCCCGAGGAGUCCUCAGUAUGAGGGGAGCCCCCCGCCACAUUGGUGGUGGGGAGGGAGCGCAGGAGGUGCAGCUCCUACUUUUGCACAGGCACCAGCUACCUCAGGGACAUGGCACGGGCACCCGCUCUGCCUGGAACAGGCUGCCCAGCACCUGCCCAGCCAGGAGGGCCUGCUCGGCUCAGCGUGGGCACUGCCACCACCCCCAGGGCACCAGCCUCUUGGAAAGCGGCUUCCUCCGCUCUGAGGGGCUGUGACUCACAGCCUCGUGGGACCCCAGCAGCCAGAACUUUUCAAGGCAGAAGUUGGAGGUGUGGCUGUUUGUGUGUGUGUCUGUGUGUGUGGUGUUGGCAUGUGUGUCACAUGGCCUUGUUUCUGCUGGGACUUCCUUGGCCUGGGGUCCCCCUGGUGAGUCUUGGAGCUAUGAAGGGGAAGGGGUUGGGCUACUGCCACCCCCACAACCUGUCCCGAGGGGGGGGCAGUGGUGUACAUACUGGGGUGGGGUGGGCAGGGUGCUGC